AUGCCGGAAAACACGGGCCUCUCCAAGAUUUUCGCCGGGGCCUUUGCCGUCCUGACCGUCUCGGCCAUCGCCGGCCUCGUCACCAUGAUCGUCGUGUACAAGGUGGAGAUCUCCGAGAUGAAUCCCACGCCCCGUCCGACCCCGCCGUCCACCACCCUGAGCCCGCCGCCCGUCAUGCGCCUGCCCGGGAGCCUGGUCCCCGAGCGCUACAUCAUCUUCCUCCAGCCUCACCUCUACACCAAGAUCAUCCAGGAGGUGAACGUCACCAGCCCCAACCAGACCAUGCUCUUCACCGGGAACUCGACCCUCCACUUCCGCUGCGUCCAGAAAACGGGUCAGAUCUACCUCCACAGCAGGGACCUGGCAAUCUCCGAUCCGCACUUGGUCGACAAAGACACCAACGACAGGAUUAAGGUGAACUCCUGGAAACACCACGAGGACGAAACGGACUUCUUGGAGCUGGAGCUGAACGGGUUCCUGGAGGCAGGGGGGAACUACAGCUUGUCUCUGAGCUUUGAGGGAGCAAUAUCGCAGAGUCUGGACGCGUUGUUCGUGAGCACGUACAGCGAAGGCGGCCCCGCUUCAGAGGACGACACGGACGCAGAGAGAUUCCUCGCUGCCACGCACUUGGAGCCGACCGAUGCGAGGAGGUUGUUCCCUUGCUUAGAUGAGCCGGAAAUGAAGGCUGUGUUCGAAUUGACGGUCAUCCACAGGCGGGGCACAACCGCCCUGGGAAAUGGAGCGCAAUCAGUGUCCAAUGUUCUAGAUGAUGAGUGGAAAUACACUCGCUUUCAGCCCACGCAGCUGAUGUCCACCUACUUGUUUGCCUUUGUGGUGUCAGAGUUCAAAUCGAUCAACUCCCCGAGCCGUGUCAGGAUAGAGACGUAUGCCCGUCCAGAGGCCAUCGACGCCGGACACGCCGAAUAUGCCGCCAACAUCACCGGACAGAUUCUCGCCUACUUUGAGGAACUGUUUGACAUCGAAUACCAACCAAACAAGCUCCAACAAAUUGCUGUGCCAGACUUAAAUUCUGGGGCGAUGGAAAACUGGGGACUGAUCACAUACCAAGAAGGAGCCCUGCUUUAUGAAGAAGGAGUUUCCUCAUUCUUGCGCAAGGAAGUGAUCGCCAGUACUAUCGCACACGAGCUCGCUCACCAUUGGUUCGGAAAUCUGGUGACGAUGAAAUGGUGGAAUGAACUCUGGCUGAAAGAGGGUUUUGCCACGUACUGGUCACCUUUUGCCGUGGACAAGGUGGAGCCCUCGUUCAAAAUAAAAGACGUUGAGGUCAUGCAAGAACUGCACGCUGCGUUCGAGGAGGACGCUCUGGAGUCCUCCCGUCCUCUCAGUGCUGACCCAGGAGAGGUCCAGACAACCUCUGAAAUCAGCGGGAUGUUCGACUCUAUAUCCUACAGUAAGGGGGCUGUGGUGCUGAGAAUGCUGGCCAAUGUGGUUGGAGAAAACGUUUUCAACAAUGGCAUCAGAAUGUACCUCAAAGAACACCAAGGAGGGAACACAGACCAGAACGACCUAUGGGACUACAUAGAAUUGGCCAGACGUGAUAAAAGUGGUCUGAGGGCCGCUCAGUUGAUGGAUCCCUGGACCAACCAAAAGGGCUACCCCGUCAUCACCAUCGACACAAAGAAUGGAGAAAUCCGCCAGAAGCAGUUCCUGCUCAACGACACCAUGGAUUCCAGGUUGAGAAAAGAGGAAUUCAUUUCCAAGAAAGGAGAGUGGAUCCUGGCUAACGUCGACUGUUAUGGAUACUACAGAGUGAAUUACAACCCAGAGAAUUGGCAGCGCCUCCUGACUCAGCUGGAAACAAAUCCAGAUCGAAUCCCACUGAUGAACAGAGGCCAGCUUGUUGACGAUGCCUUCAACCUGGCAAGGGCCAAACUGAUCGAUGUGACUCUGGCCCUGAAUGCAACACGCUUCCUCAGUAAAGAGAGGGAGUUCCUUCCCUGGGAGUCUGCAGAGAGGAAUCUCCGCUACUUCACGCUCAUGUUUGACCGCACUGAGGUUUACCUCCAGGAAAAGGUCAGAGGGCUGUACAGCUUCUUCAGGAACUACACAGAUGAAUCCAGAGUCCCGAGCGAUCAGUCUUUACAGCACAACCAGAUCUAUGCUAUCCAGCUGGCCUGCUCCAAUGGCCUCCCGGAAUGCAUCGAAAUGGCUCAAGACAAGUUCGCUGCCUGGAUGAAUGGCAACGGCACCAACAGGAUCCACCCCAAUCUGCGCACUGUGAUCUACUGCCAAGCCGUGGCUGCUGGCGGGAAGAAAGAGUGGGAGUUCGCCUGGGGGGAGUUUCAGCGCGCCACUGACCCGUCGGAGAAGGAGCAGCUGGAAUACGCCCUGUCCUGCACCAGGAAGACCUGGCUGCUCAACAGAUUCCUGGAGUACACUUUGGACCCUGAGAAGAUACGGCUGAUGGAUGUCGCAUCCACGAUCAGCCACAUUUCUGAAAAUGUUGCCGGGCAAUUGCCGGCUUGGAACUUCGUCAGAGCCCACUGGGAUUACGUCAGUCAAGGGGACCCGGUGAUGCUGAUCAACCAAGUCACCAGGAGAUUCUCCACGACGUUCGAACUGAAGGAGAGGACAACAGUGACAUCAGCUGGGAUGUGGUUGAUCGAUGGUUGGCUGGAGUAUUUUGCGCGGGAUAAGGAAUCACACAGUGCCUUCAGGGCCAUGCAGCAGGCCAUAGAGGAAACCAAAGUCAACAUCCAGUGGGUCCGCGACAACAAAGACGCCAUCCUGGAGUGGUUCGAGAGGGAAACCGCCCAUUUAGAUUAA